UCCUUAAAAAAAAAAAAAACGAAGUCUUUUGACAGGUUUUUCUCCUUUUCAGCUUCUAGAGAUCUAUGCAUUGAACCCAUAAAUCAACAGAAAAGAGAACAGAAUGUCUACUAAGACCAUGACGCUCCUCCUCUGGAAUGCAGGAAGGGGGGGAGGGAGAUUUGUUUUCAAAAGAGCACAACUGAGUCCCCUCCCUCCCCCUUCUUUCCUAUGCAGCUGGCUAGUAAAAGAGGCAUUUCCUGGAACCUUUUUAUUUGAGUGUCAGGGGAAGAAGAAAUACUGUGAAAAAGGGUAAACACAUCAAAUGUUAAAGUGGAUGGGGAAUCCCCUUUAGUCACACAAGAAAAAAUAAAGAGAACCCAAUCAGCAUGCCACGCCUUUAUGCUUGAUUGAUAGCCAAUGAUGGGAGAGAAAAUAAGAAUUUGUCACUACCCCGCCCUCAACUUGAAUGACAAGUAAGGAGGAAAUGAAUUUUUCUUCUCCACCUACCCACCUUAUUGAAUGACGGGAAUUUCCCCUUCUUGCUUGAAUCGUUCUAGUUCAAAAUGGUGGAGAGAGCAAUUAAUAUUUUCAUAACUGAACCUCCUGGCUAUCAAACACAUUUAACAUCUUUGUAUGAGUCUGUUCUUAAGGCAAGAGAAAAAAAACCAGAUUAUAUUCAAGAAUGUGAUAUUUGUGUUAAAAAUUUUGAAAAGUGGACAGAACAGGACCAAAUAGAAUUUGUUGAAUUAUUAUUGUCUAAAAUGACACAUUAUCAACAUAGUCAUGUUAGUUCUUUCUUACGGCCAAUGUUACAAAGAGAUUUUAUUAGCUUUCUACCUGAAAAAGGUCUAGAUCAUGUUGCAGAAAAUAUACUUUCCUAUCUCGAUGCUAAGUCAUUAUGUGCUGCUGAGCUUGUUUCUAAAGAAUGGUACCGAGUGGUAUCUGAAGGUAUGCUUUGGAAGAAAUUGAUUGAGCGUAGAGUUCAAACAGAUUCGUUAUGGAAAGGUUUAGCUGAAAGACGUGAAUGGAUAAAGUAUUUAUUCAAACCUGCUCCUGGUGAACUGCAUCCUGAUCAAUUGUUUUAUAGACGCUUAUUUCCAAAAAUAAUUCAAGAUAUUGAGAGCAUAGAAACUAACUGGAGAUGUGGAAGGCAUAAUUUACAAAGGAUAAACUGCCGUAGUGAAAAUAGUAAAGGUGUCUACUGCUUACAAUAUGAUGAUCAGAAAAUUGUCAGUGGUCUUCGUGAUAAUACUAUAAAAGUUUGGGAUCGUAGUACUUUACAAUGUGUUCAAGUAUUAACUGGACAUACUGGCUCUGUUUUAUGCCUCCAAUAUGAUGAACAAGUCAUUAUUAGUGGUUCUAGUGAUUCUACUGUUAGAGUUUGGGAUGUGUCAUCUGGUCAAAUAUUAAACACUUUGAUUCAUCACUGUGAAGCUGUACUUCAUCUCCGUUUCAAUAAUGGGCUAAUGGUGACAUGUUCCAAGGAUAGAUCUAUUGCUGUCUGGGAUAUGGUUUCUGCAUCAGAAAUAAACUUAAGAAGGGUUUUAGUGGGACAUCGUGCUGCAGUAAAUGUUGUUGAUUUUGAUGAAAAGUACAUUGUUUCUGCAUCUGGAGAUCGUACUAUUAAAGUAUGGAAUACUUCUUCUUGCGAAUUUGUUCGAACUUUAAAUGGCCAUAAACGAGGUAUAGCAUGUUUGCAGUAUCGUGAUAGACUAGUUGUCAGUGGGAGUUCUGAUAACACAAUUAGGUUAUGGGAUAUUGAAUGUGGUGCGUGCUUAAGAACUCUAGAAGGUCAUGAAGAACUAGUGCGGUGCAUACGUUUCGAUAAUAAACGUAUUGUUAGUGGAGCUUAUGAUGGAAAAAUAAAAGUUUGGGACUUAGCUGCUGCUUUGGAUCCUAGAGCACCUGCGGGAACUUUAUGCUUAAGAACAUUAGUUGAGCAUUCUGGUCGUGUUUUUAGAUUACAAUUUGAUGAGUUUCAAAUUGUUAGCAGUUCUCACGAUGAUACUAUACUAAUAUGGGACUUUCUAAAUUUUACAACCUCUGAGGCAUCUACAAGAUCGCCUUCUCGCACAUACACCUAUGUCUCAAAGUGAAUAAGUGAUCUUGUUGUGAUUUAUGUCAUUCAUGUGUCAAUUUUCAUCACAUUUGGACUAAGUUUUGUACAUAAUGCUGUGCAUUUUGGGCUUCUAUUCAUUCCAAAUUGUAAAUCUAUCAAGUUUUUAUUUAAAGUUCCUUGUUUUCAAGUUGAGGUGAAAUACUGCAGUCUUUCAGAAAGAGGACAUUGUGAUUGACUUAAUGGUUAGCUCAACGGUGCUAUUAUAUUUUUUAAAACUAAUAAAGUAACAUACUCGAUUGAAGGCAGAACUCAUUAUUUAUUUUAUUUGUAUUAGUAGCAAAUCUGAAGAGAGAAUUUUGAAUGAAAAUAUGUUUGAUUUGUGCAAGAAAAAUUUGUCUUCUUCAAAACCUUUAUAGAUUUCAUUCAAAAUAAAGAUAUCUGCCAUUAA